UCUGAAUCUCCAGUGAUGACCAGCCCUUCCCAGCGUAUCCAGAUCAUUUCCACAGACUCCUCUGUAGCUUCCCCACAACGCAUCCAGAUUGUGACAGAUCAGCAAACAGGUCAAAAGAUCCAAAUAGUGACAGCAGUGGACUCAGCUGUGUCUCCAAAGCAACAGUUUAUUUUAGCCAGUCCAGAUGGAACUGGUGCAGGAAAGGUGAUACUGGCAGCACCAGAGACAUCUAAUGCCAAACAGCUCAUCUUUACCACCGCAGACAACAUCGUGCCGGGCAGGAUUCAGAUAGUAACAGACUCUGCUUCGGUGGAACGUUUGCUGGGAAAAGCCGAUAUUCAGCGGCCCCAAGUUGUAGAAUAUUGCGUAGUCUGUGGUGAUAAAGCAUCAGGUCGUCAUUAUGGUGCUGUCAGUUGUGAGGGAUGCAAAGGUUUCUUCAAAAGGAGUGUAAGGAAGAAUCUGACCUACAGUUGUCGUAGCAACCAGGACUGUAUCAUCAACAAACACCAUCGGAAUCGCUGCCAAUUCUGUAGGCUGAAGAAAUGUCUGGAGAUGGGCAUGAAAAUGGAAUCUGUUCAGAGUGAAAGAAAGCCUUUCGAUGUGCAGCGUGAAAAACCAACCAACUGUGCAGCUUCCACUGAGAAGAUCUAUAUCAGGAAAGACCUGCGGAGCCCUCUGAUAGCAACUCCAACGUUCGUGGCAGACAAAGAUGGGACGCGACAGUCAGGUCUUCUUGAUCCAGGAAUGCUUGUGAAUAUUCAGCAGCCUUUGAUCAGGGAUGAUGGCACAGUCCUCCUAGCUGCUGACUCUAAGGCUGAAACAAGCCAGGGUGCUUUAGGAACACUAGCAAAUGUUGUAACAUCUCUGGCUAACCUGAGUGAGUCACUAAACAAUGGAGAUACUUCUGAAGUUCAACAAGAAGAGCAAUCUGCAAGUGAGAUCACACGGGCAUUUGAUACUUUGGCUAAAGCACUUAAUACCACAGAUGGUGCACCAGCUCAUACCUUGACAGAUGGCAUGGAUCCUACAGGAGGAGGGAAUAUUCAUGUAAUCAGUAGAGAUCAGUCCACACCAAUUAUUGAAGUGGAAGGACCCCUACUUACAGAUACACAUGUCACAUUUAAGCUGACAAUGCCCAGCCCAAUGCCAGAGUACCUGAAUGUGCACUACAUCUGUGAGUCUGCAUCACGACUGCUUUUCCUCUCUAUGCACUGGGCUAGGUCCAUACCUGCAUUUCAAGCUCUUGGGCAGGAUUGCAACACGAGCCUCGUGCGUGCCUGCUGGAAUGAGCUCUUCACCCUGGGCCUGGCGCAGUGUGCGCAGGUGAUGAGCCUGUCCACCAUCCUGGCAGCUAUUGUCAAUCACCUCCAGAACAGCAUCCAGGAAGACAAACUUUCUGGAGACAGAAUAAAGCAAGUCAUGGAACACAUCUGGAAACUUCAGGAGUUCUGUAACAGCAUGGCCAAGCUUGAUAUCGAUGGAUAUGAAUAUGCAUAUCUUAAAGCCAUAGUCCUCUUUAGCCCUGAUCACCCUGGUCUGACCAGUUCAACCCAAAUAGAAAAAUUCCAGGAGAAGGCACAGAUGGAAUUGCAGGACUAUGUACAAAAAACCUAUCCAGAAGAUACUUAUAGGCUUGCGCGGAUUCUGGUUCGCCUGACAGCGCUCAGGCUGAUGAGCUCCAGCAUCACCGAGGAACUGUUUUUUACUGGGCUCAUUGGAAAUGUUCCCAUUGACAGCAUAAUCCCCUACAUUCUCAAAAUGGAAACAGCAGAAUAUAAUGGUCAGAUAACUGGCACCUCUGCAUAGUGGAAC